UCUUGCAGGCGAGUUAUUACAAGGACAGCUGUAGUUUGAGACACAAUCAGGAUGUGACAUCACUGACAGGGGGGAAAAAAAAAGGGAGAGUCCGGCCAGAGUUUCUUUUAAUGAAAACCCCAGGAAGGUUGUGGGCGCGAGAGUUUUCUCCCUGACACCCGGGCAGGGGGGCUUGAAAGCUGAACCUGGAGGGAUUCAAAGCGGAUCUCCCGGCAUUUGCUGCCUUGACACAGUGGAUUAAAUUCUUCGGCUCUGACCGGCUCUGGUAGGAGAAACCUGCAGCAUUGCUCACGAUGAAACUUCUGGCCUAGGAGAGAUUUUCUCUGGGGGUCAAGCUGCUGUGCUUUGAAACCUGGCUGUCUUCACUCCAAAUGGCUUUGUGCCUCAAGCAAGUGUUCAACAAGGACAAGACCUUUCGUCCCCGGAAGAAAUUUGAGCCUGGCACGCAGCGGUUUGAGCUGUAUAAGAAAGCCCAGGCUUCUCUCAAGUCUGGGCUGGACUUGAAGGCCGUGGUCCAGCUACCACCAGGGGAGAACAUCAAUGACUGGAUCGCGGUGCACGUGGUUGACUUCUUCAACAGGAUCAACCUCAUCUAUGGGACCAUGUCCGAAUUCUGCACUGAGAAGACCUGUCCCAUCAUGUCCGGUGGGCUCAAGUACGAGUACAGGUGGCAAGAUGAUAACAAAUACAAGAAGCCGACCAAACUGUCGGCACCCCAGUACAUGUGCAAGCUGAUGGACUGGAUCGAGACACUCAUUAACAAUGAGGACAUUUUUCCUACCAGGAUAGGGAUCCCCUUCCCCAAGAACUUCCAGCAGGUGUGCACCAAGAUCCUCACCCGCCUCUUCCGAGUCUUCGUCCACGUCUACAUCCACCACUUCGACAGCAUCAUCAGCAUGGGCGCUGAAGCACACGUCAACACCUGCUACAAGCACUUCUACUACUUCAUCAGGGAGUUCAGUCUCAUCGACCACCGGGAGCUGGAGCCCUUGAAAGAAAUGACGGAAAGGAUUUGCCACUGAAGGGUUUCCUGAAGAGUAUUUGGCCUGCGUCACACCAAACCAACUUGCAAUGGGAUGUUGGGACAAUCUGUCUCGAAGGACUGGCACUGGGGAUUUGAAAUUUAUAGAAAUAUGUACUGUAUAAAAGCCAUAUUAUGGCCUGGGCAAAAUCCUGAAUAAUAUUAGGAGUUGCUGAACACAGUUGAAAGACAUCCCAGUGUCUAUGGACUUACUGUUUUUAGAGAACUAGUGGCUCGAAUGGAAUAAGAUAUCUUAUACAUGCCCAUAUUGUGGACUGCUCCCUGAGCCCCAUGAUGUCCUUCAAGUCCUUUCAACCACCCCUUUUUAUCAUGCUGCAGUGUCCUCAGCUUUAUAAGGAUCUCCUUAAACUCCGACGCUGAGCCUGGAGAGUGAAAUAUGUAGCUAAGUGCCGGGUAUCAAUGAUGCCUGCCCAGAGUAUUAAUGCCUAUUGAAUAAGCACCAGUCCCAGCAUGCACUAGGCUUGCUGUCAAAUUUGAGAUGCAAUUUCUGCAAUUGGUCUCUUCUUUGGUGGAGCCAAAGACCUGGUCAGAAAUGUGAAGAUGUCCCCGGGGCAAUAUAAAGCCAUUCUCCAGCCACAAAAGCUACCUUGCUCCUGUGGAAGAUUCGAGCCUUUCUUCAGGCCCCUAUCAAGUUUGCUGUUCCCAGUGCCUGACCCAGAGCCACUUCUUUCUCUCCUUCACCGGGGAUGACCCUUGUGCAGCCUUUGGGAUCCCCCCGUCAGGGCUGUUUCCAGGGACAAAGGUCUGAAACUUGGAGACGAGCCCAGCAUUGUCCCUGUAUCGAUGCUGUGCACUUCAACUAGGGGUGCCAGCCUUUUCCCCGGUGAGCUCUCCAUGUAUAAGUAGUUUAAAAGUGCCUACUUAUCGCACCCAAUUAAAAAACAGUGUACAUCAUCUUAUUCAUCUAAGUUGCAUGCCCCCGGGGAAUACUGCUUUGCUUCUGGCAGUAGCUUUCUCUUUCAGUGUUGAAAUGAUAGGUGUGGUUUUAAAACCAACUGCUCACCAUUAGUUCUUCUUCAGUAGCUUCAGCAUCUGCAUUGCUCAUCUUACAGGUGAACCUUUCAUCUUGCUCAUCUCCCUGAGCCGCGUUCAACAACCCACAUGGGAGUGGGAACUUGGUUUCUCAAACUCAAGCCCUGGGCCUGGUUUCCUCUGCUCACACUGAGGUGAAAAUGGUCUUUCUCUCCUGACCUCCCUUGAAUUAGCCCUAACUCAAGCUGGUGUCAGUCGGAAGAGAAUUAGUUCUUGUGUGUCCAUUAUAUAGUGUGUCACCUGGCAACUUACUCCCUGGCGCCUGAGGCCAAAGAAAUGCAGCUUCAUUUUUUUCCAGAGACACGUUAGCUCCAGUGUGCUGUGGCUUGUUUAAACAACGGGCUAAAGACAGCAUCGCUCGCAAGAUACUGAGGGCAAAAUCUUGGAGACGUGACUCAAUAUGCCUUCCCUUGCUGAACUUACCUGGGACCCUGAGAAAGGAAGGAGGGAGCAUGGAGAAGAAACCCCAGGACCUGACUUGUAGAAAGGCAGAGAGAGCCAGAGAGGUGUAGAAUCGAGAUCAUGGACCACGUGCAGUGCUGCCAGGAGUAGCACGAUGCUUUUGACUUUCAUGCAGCUGCUCCCACUAAUGGAAACACAUCUGGCUCGACGCUUGGGUGACCAUCUCCUUUCUGCAGUGGGUUCUGCAAUAAACUGAAGAUGCAAGACCGCCGCCUCGCAGCACGCAAACAUCUGAAGUCACGCAGGAGCUUCCUCACCGGCACCCAACUUCUUGAUGCCACACCAAGGAGACACGACUACAGAUGUGGAAUGAGAGGCUGAAGAAAACACCUGACAGUGGAAAAAUGGACACUCCAGUGGCCGAGUCCUUGCCACCGGGGCGGAUGAACCGUGGUCCAGGCGGUGAUGUCUCAACCGUACCUGUGUACCGGAGGUGGAUGCUCCAAGGAACCAGUGAAGAAGUGGGGUUAUGCCACUGGUUCAACCACCUGUGACUGCGGCACGGAGCCUCAGACUAUGCAUCACCUGUUGCAAUGCCCGCUGCUUGAAGGCACGUGUACGGUGAAAGACCUCAUGAAAUACAAUACACGAGCACACGCAUAUGUAAUGCAAUGGCCAAACGUGGUGUAAGAGACACAAGAAGUGGAUUGUUGCCCCAUCAGCAGAUCUCAGCCCACCUGGGACUUCCCAGGUGUCACUUUACCUUGGCCACGUGGCAUCCCUUUGCAUAAGGAGCCAGUAAAGACCUUCUGGGCUUAGAGGCACACAUCCCAGCUCCGUGAGCUGAUGGAGCAACUCAGCUAUGCCUGUGGCGGACAGGGGAGAGAUCCUGAAUCCACCCCGUAGAGAGUAGCAGUCCACAAACAUGAACCAGAUCAUUCCAUUAUUUUCAUCCUUUUUGAAAUAAGAAGUAUAUAUUAAAUGCCUAGUCGGAAGAGUUCAUUUCACUCCCUAGCAAUAACUGUAGCAGAGAUAUGCAUGGGUAUGAUCAGAGCCUAGUACGUGUGCGUGUAUUUGUGUGCGUGUGCAUGUGUGUGUAACAUGCCAGUGGUCUCAGAUAGCCUGCCCUUCAAGGGCAGGGGCUAUGUGCCCGUACAUGCAGGCUAGAAGCCCUGGCACAAAGGAGCAUGGCAGCUCCUGUGUGCCCAGCCAGUUCUGUAGUCCCAUCUUCUUGCCAUCUCGGCUGUAGUGCUGAGUCUUUUGUAUGAUGUCCAUACCCCAUUUUUCAACCCAUUUUUGUUCUGUGUGUGGGCCUCAGAGCCUGCAACAUCAUUCUGAGUCUAGGGACUGACCACAGCCCUGCCACUGAAAAGAAAACUCAGUUAAAACUGCUCGUGCUUCUCAGAUUUUGUCUUAAGACCACAGAAAGUUUCCUCACAAAGCCUUAAAUCAGCCUGCAAUCCAGAUCCAGGUUCGCUGCAAAGACGUCUCUGAACAAAGACUGUACUUUAAGGGCUUGAAGCUGUGAGUGCAAGGUCUGCAGCACCUUCUUUUGGUAUCAGUGGGCACUGAGAGCUGGCUGACCUCCGGUGUUUCCAAAACUUUCCAAGCCAGCCAGCUGUCAGUGGCGGCAAACCCUGAAUCAGUCUUCACACUUUUU